CACCGACAACCGCUGCACACAAUCUCGCCCGCCAACUGCACCAAAUCACACGUCACAACUCACACAUACCGUCAAGAUGUCUGGCGCCGCACAGGGAGGAGCAUCCACCACAAAAGCCGUCGCCAACGAGGCAACGAACGGACAACCGGCCGCCGCCUCCGCAAAGCCCGCGCCUCAGCUUGAGGAGGAUGACGAGUUUGAGGACUUCCCUGUCGAGGACUGGGGCGAGGAGGAGACGCAGACUCACGGCGACAAGACACAUCUGUGGGAGGAGAGCUGGGACGACGAUGACACGACUGAGGACUUUGCGAACCAGCUGAGGGAUGAGCUCAAGAAGCUGGGCAAAUGAGAUACACGACCUAGACGAUGACACGAACGACAUACCGCCUUGGGGCGGUUUGAGUGCGCGCGGCCGAUUCGAGGCUACCGUACAGGAUAAACAGAAGGCAUUUGCGUUAAUCACGACUGGUUCAUAUCGUACUGCACGAUCGGAGUCAAUGACAGACAAGGAGCUGUCUGGGAUGGAAAUAAAAUAAACUACGUCAGAUCAUAACUUCGGAGAUAUACCUUCCGAUUUUGAGCCUUGGUUUCCUCGCAGCAAGUGGUUUACUUACUCGACAGGGCAGACACACCAGGCAGGUCCUUGCCCUCGAGCAGCUCGAGCGACGCACCGCCACCGGUCGAAACGUGAGACAGCUU